AAAGUUUAAUUCAAUCGUAUAUUGAAGGGUUACAAUGGAUAAUUUCCUAUUAUAAUGGUGCAUUAAAAUCUCGCAGAUGGGUUUAUCCUGGUCAUUGUUCGCCAAUGAUAUCAGAUUUGCAAGAUUUGAAAAUGGGUGAAAUAAAUUUUGAUGUGGAAGACUAUUACAAACCUUUCGAACAUUUAAUGUUUGUUUUACCUCCUACAAGUAAAGCUGCAGAAAAUGAGCUAACUGAAGAAGAAAAAAUAAGAAACAUGUCUGGCUCUCUUCAGGAAUGGAAUGAU